AUGCCACAAUAUCUAUUGAAGAGGCAUCUUCGACAUUUGAAGUCCAUCUCUGUCAACAAUAUAUCGUUAAUUGAUGAGUCUAAAAAAAUUGGCUCAAGGGUAGGCUUUAUUCCAUGCUUUAUUGUAUUGGAGGACACUAGAUCAAGAAAGCCAUUCUAUGUCAGUGAAUUGGAGACUGGAUCAUUGUCGUCCUUGCAUUUCACAGAAUUAGUCAUACCUAAAGAAUUUGAGUUGUGCACGCUGUUUGAAAUAAAGAUAGCUGCGAAGAUUCCGAGCUUCUUACUGAGGCAUGAUGAGGAUGAGCUAUGGUGUUUUGUUGCAAUGCACACUGUGAACUUGGAUGAGUUAACUUACAUUGGUAAUCAAAGAGAUGAUCACAUUACCAUGGAACAGAAUUUGCCUAUGAUAGAAAUGAUAGAUGGAUGGUACGCCCUCCCUAAUAAGAAUAUUCGUUAUACUGGUUUACAAAUAAGCCCCGUUGCUAAUAUGAACAAUAAAAAUCGUAAGAGAAUGUGUCCAUUUAAUUCUCUAGUUAAAUUGUCAAAACUCACUCAGUAUACUGGCGAUAUGGUGGAGGAAAAGCAGAUUUCCACAAACAAGAUAGAGAGGCUGAUUAAAUCAACACAUAAUAUAGGCACUGGAAUACUAGAUACAUAUCAGGAAAACAUAAAAAUGAUUGAAAGUAGAUGUGAGAUAAAGAGACAAAAGUUAAAGAGGCUAAAGGAUCAACUUUCUGAAUUGGAUGAUGGGAAUGAACUAAAUGAUGUUGACAGCAAUAUUGAAACAUACAGGGAUGAAUAUGCUAAUAUUUACUCAAAGCUAUCAAACGCCAAAGAGGCGAUUGAGAAAUUACAGAAAAAAAAAUUGAUUCAAUUAAUAAAUGUAUUCAAGAAUACUUUCUUAUUUGAUAAAGACGUGGGCUUAAUAUCGUUUCAGUUUGAUGAUGACGAGAUCGAAGUUGAAGAGUUUUGCAAGAAUCUUGAAAGAGUUUCUAUCGAGCAAAUUUACGACAGAUAUAAUGAGUAUCCAAAAUCUGUGAAAAUCAUAAAUGCAAUGCUGGGAUUUUAUUCAUUAUUUAUCGUAAUAUAUUCAUACAGAAUAAUACAGAGAAAACUUCCUUUCGAUAUUGUAUUUCAAGGUAGUGAAACUAUCGUGGGUCGUAAGUAUCGUUUGAGUUUCCCAGAAUCUCGAUCAACUAAAUCCAAGGAAGAAUUCCAUAUUGCCUUAAGAGCGUUUAAUGAAAAUAUCAUGCAGUUUACACAGUAUCUAGGUCAUAUUACUCAGUCCUUUACUAUCUGA